GUUACUGACAAUUACUUACUGAUGGAAUCUGGACCCCUUCCCUCUUCUCCCUCUCUCUCAAGUCUCACCUUCAUCCUGUCUCUAUUUUAAUUCCCAUAUCCGAACCAGCGCUAUAUAACCAAUACCUUUCCACUCUAGAUCUUGUCGUCCCAGAAAUCACUCAUUGACCCAUCCGAAUUGCGAGCACACAACCCAAGACGACAAUGGCAUCAUCGUCGGGCGACAAGGCUGCUGCUGUUUCUUCCACGGCUGUGCGUCCUCCUCCAGCACUUCCCUGGAAGGUGAAGCUCUUCGUCAAGCUCAUGUCCUUCGCGGUGGACCUCAGCUGUCGACCUGACGGCACCGUCAACCGCCGGGUCAUGUCCUUGUUCGACAUCAAAUCCCGUCCCCGCCGCUCCAAACGCGUCUCCUCCACCGACGUCACCGUCGAUCCCAGCCGCAACCUCUGGUUACGUCUCUACACCCCAACUUUUUCCACCGCCAAACCCUUGCCGCUCAUCUUCUUCUUCCACGGCGGCGGCUUCGCAUUCUUGGCUCCCGACUCCAAGCCUUACGACGACUCCUGCCGCCGCCUCGCCGCCGAAAUCCCUGCCGUUGUCAUCUCCGUCAACUACCGCCUCGCCCCGGAGCAUCGCUGUCCGUGCCAGUACGAGGACGGCCUCGACGUCCUUAAGUUCAUCGACGGCGGCAAGUGCAAUGAAGUCGCCAGGCUGUGCCAGGUUGCUGGCACAGUGGAGCUGAAAAGGAGCUUCGUGGCGGGAGACAGCGCGGGAGGCAACCUUGCCCACCACGUGGCGAUGAGAGGUGGGUCCCACAAGUUCUCUUCCUUGGAUCUGAUAGGCAACAUAUCCAUCCAGCCCUUCUUCGGCGGGGAGGAGCGGACGGCGUCGGAGCUGGAGCUAGCCGACGCGCCCUUCUCCACGUGGAAGCGCACGGACAUUAUGUGGAAGCUGUUUAUGCCGGUGGGGUCGGACAGGGACCACCCGGCGGUGAACGUGUUCGGGCCGAACGGCGAGGAUGUGAGCUCGGUGAAGUUCCCGCCGACGGUGGUGUUCGUGGGCGGGUAUGACCCGCUGAAGGACUGGCAGAGGAGGUACUGUGAAGGGCUGAAGAGAGCAGGGAAGGAGGCGAGGGUGGUGGAGUACGAGAAUGCGAUUCAUACCUUCUACGCCUACCCGGAGGUGCCGGAGUCGGACCGCUUUGUGGAGGAGGUCCGGAAUUUCGUCCGCGACCCAAUCGGGUUCUGUUCAGCCGACCAACAGUAGUGAAUUGGGUA